AUGAUCAUCAUAAAUCGUCACAUUCAUCACUUGAGCGCAGAGCUCGACAGAGUGCAACAGAAAAUCAAUGAUGGUCUGCCUAGUCCUACCCAUAUCCUGUCUGAAUACCCAUAUGGAACUUCGAAGGAUAUAGCGACAUUGCUUAAAUUGAUCCAGUCGCUUUCUGUGCAAUCUGUAUCUGAACCGUUAUUACGAGCCGCUCAGGUCAGGGCUUUGAUCUCCAAGUUCCCUCAUUCCCUGCUCAAGGGACAGGAAUUGCCCGAUGAGACUGUCGCAUAUGUGCUGGAUGUCUCGUGGGUCUUGGCUGCGAAGGCAUUUUUGCAGGUUUUAGGCAUAACCAUCAAUGUUCUUCUAGAACAUACUCACAGUAUCGGCGAAGAGGCGUUGUACUGGGCCGAUGUUUCAGGAUCAAAUUGGUAUACGGGAGCAUACGCAGUACAGACGGCUCCAGGUCGACUAUGGCAUUUCCUGAGACGGUCUGUUUUGCACAUGGAAGAGGACGGCGCCCGAAAAGCUGUCACGCCAACUGCAUCUGUUUCGUGGGCCAGAUUUUACAACAUAGUGCACCAAUGCCUUGACCCACACGCGAUGCUCUCGCUGCGGGCAAGGCUGUUAUCUUCAUUUACUGCGCAUAGGUCUGAGAUUAGACAAAAAUGCAAAGCUCUGGGAGCAAUGCGAAUGAGAAACGCCAGUGGCAUUGGCCUUCUCAUGGGGCAAUGCUCGCUUCUCAAAACAGAAAUUGACUCAGAGUUCGCCACUGAUGACCGCUUGCGUGAUGCUGUGUUCAGGAGUGUACUCACGUUGAAGGUUCUCUUGCAAAGGGUGGUACGUGAAGGCACAGAAUAUGAGUUUGAGGAGAGGGUUAUUACCGCAGUCGAAAGGGAAAUUGUUCGGUCUCAAUCUGAGAUGGCAAAUUUACUCCAGACGCCCGAGUACGUUAUCGAGCAGCUUUUCAAUAUACUCGACGAAUUAUUGCCAGAUUAUAGCGCCUCUUCAAAGAGGGCAAUUAGUCACCAUGGACGUCCCUCGUGCUUGGUACGUUAUUGGCUGCCGCUCUCAGUGGGGGUGCUUUCGACGAGCACUUUCCUGAGGUUGUUAAGCAGUCGGCAGCACGAGCUCAUAAGAUGGAUUUUCAACAUCGGAUCAACUGCUUGUGAAUUCUGGGGUAAUUGGGUCGUUGAGCCUACGAGGAGACUCAUCGGGACUAUUCGACAUGACGAAAAGAGCGAGAUUGCACUAAUGAGUAAGAAUAGUCUCGAGGCGGAUAGGGCCAGCUUAGAGCGGAUGGUGCUUGAUUUUGUCUUCGAUCGACCCGAAUCUGAGAAAGAGCUUGGUGCGAAGCAGAUCGACACACUCACCGCGAGGAUUCGAGAAGGUGAUCUGACCCCAGUACUACGAGCGUACGAAAAAGAUCUGCGGCAGCCCUUCAUUGGAACUGUACGUGGUGAUUUAGUACGGGCUCUUCUGAUCCAGUUUCAGAAAACGAAGGUGGAUGUUGAAAUAGCGAUUGGUGGAAUCGAUUCAUUGCUGAAAAGCCAGGAGCUUGUUUUUGGGUACGGCUGUCUUUCAAGAACUGAGCCCAUGCAGAGCUGA